AUGAGCUUGGAGAAAUAUUUUUUUAGAGUGGACAAACAAAGUUUGGCGCCUCAAAAUCAAAAUCAACUACGGCAGAAUGAAAAUGUCUACCAAAUAGAAAUACCAUCUCACUCUUCCCCAAGACAAGAAUUUAAUGUAAAUGAUUUAAAGGCUGAUCUGAUUGAAACAACUCCAAUUUUGAAUUAUCAUCCAAACCUUCGUGAUGAGAUAAGUGGGGAAUACAUCAUUAAAGCUCCUUGUCAACCUCGAACUCAUCAGUUUCCUCAAACUGGUUCUUUUGGAACACGAUGUUGUUUUGUUUAUACGUGGUUUGAUGAAUAUCGUGAUUGGUUGGAAUACAGUAUUGAUGCGGAUGCUACUUAUUGUUUACCUUGUUAUUUAUUUCACGGAGAAAACAUUAAUCAAGGUGGUGUUACUCUAUUUUCGACUAAGGGAUUUACAAAUUGGCAAAGAAAGGAUAGGUUUGCUACACAUAUUGGUCAACGGAAUAGUGUUCACAAUCAAUCCAAAAGAAAGUGUGAAGAUCUUAUGCGAGAACAACAAUCCAUUCAAGACGCAUUUUACAAGUUGGAUGAUAAAAGUAAGCAUGAAUAUCGGGUUAGCUUAAACACUUCAAUCGAUGUGGUAAGACUUUUCUUGAAUCAAGGUUUUGUAUUUUGUGGUUAUGACGAGAGUGAAUCGUUAUUGAACAAGGGUAAUCUUCUUGAAGUUAUUUCUUGGUAUGCUGCUAGAUGUGAUGAAAUUAAAACUUUUGUGUUAGAAAAAACUCCAAAAAAUAAUAAAAUGGCUUCUAAUGACAUCAAAAAAGAUAUUGUGACUGCGUGUAAGAUUGCACCAGUUAAGGCUAUAAUAGAGGAUAUAAAUAGUGACUACUUUUCUUUAUUGGUUGAUGAAUCUAGAGACGUGUCACGCAAAGAGAAAAUGGCUAUUUUUCUAAGAUAUGUUGACAAAAGGGGGUUUGUGAUGGAGGCAUUUAUUGGACUUGUUCAUAUUAAUGAUACUAGUGAUUUAUCUCUAAAGGAGGCAAUUGUAGAUGUACUUGCUCACCAUUCUUUGACUUUAUCUAAUGUACGUGGGAAAUGUUACGAUGGGGCAAGCAAUAUGAAAGGUUAUCUAGGUGGUCUUAAAACGUUGAUUAGAUAA